AUGUCAUUUGCUUCUAUCUAUAAAGUAUUGUUUAAGAGAAAUUCCAUUUUUGUAGGAACUGUAUUUGUUGGUGCUUUCCUUUUCCAAACUGAAUUUGAUUCUGCUAUUACUAAAUGGUACGAAAAUCGUAACAAAGGUAAAUUAUGGAAGGACGUAAAAGCCACUAUUGGUUCUGCUAACAAUGGCGCUGAAGAUGACGACGAAUAA